AUGUCUACCAAGUCCAGUGGAGGCCAGGUAUCCUACGUGAAAAUGCUGAUCUUCUUCUGCGCGUUGCUCGCAUAUUCAGGUUCAAGCGUGGUUGCCGCACAAUCGAGCAGUGUCAUACACAAUGCACACGGUUUGGACAAGUUAAAUGCGGCUUCUAGCUCGGUCUCUUCCAUCAAACGCCACUUGAGGUCAAGCGAAGACACGGAAGCGGGUGACUGUUUCAUCUUGAGAAGACUCGGUAUAAGUCUGAAUGAAAAUGUGUCCAAAGUAGUCUCAGACUUUCAAGAGUCGUGGGGGCGGCUGUGGCAGAAAUCCUCGGACGGCACAUAUAAGGACCUGAAGCUCCACAAGACAAAAGGUGGACCAUUUGAAAACUCAAAGUUUUUGGAUUGGGUCACUUACGUCGAAUCAUUAUACCACAAAUCCCUGGCUGACGCGUAUAAAGCAAUGUUUUCGACCUUGGCACGUCGAUACAAGGACGCUGCUGAUCUGACCAGAAUUCUCGUGGAGGGAAAAAAUAGUGAAAGUACGAGAUCCAUUGCUACGGAAUUGCUAGGUGUCCAGGUCCAGCGCUGGAUAAAGAAGGGCAAAUCUUCUGAGCAAGUUUUUCGCCUUUUGAAGCUCGACACGACAGCAGGUGGACCAUUUGAAAGCCCAGUCUUUUUGCAGUGGGUCGCUUUCGUCCAGCUUAGAUACAACAAAUACCCGGGUGACGCGACUGAUUUAAUGUUGUUGACCCUGGCAGAACUGCUAACCGCUCAAGCCUGGCGCUGGAUAGACGCUGGAAGAUCUGAAACACAUGUUUUCAAAAGUUUGGAGCUCGACAAGACAGGGGACAAACUAUUUGAAAACCCACUCUUUACGCAGUGGGUCAAUUUCGUCAAUUUAAGGUUUUCACACCUGGAUGAAGCAAACAAGGCGAAGGAGGCAAAUGUGGCGAUGUUCACGACAUUAAAACUUUUUUACACGGCCGAGGUUCUUACCAAGAUUCUAGAUGGGGGAAUGAAGAUACCUGCUACGAAAGACAUUGCUUCUAAACUAAAAGCGAUUAUUCAGUCUUCGAAGGAAGACAAUUGGGUCAAAAUGCAUCGUUUUGGAGCUUUAUCACCAGACAGGCAUCAAACUAUUGAUCCUAAAAAUGUGGUUGUAGUACCUUACUCGGAAAAGUAA